GCUAUAAUUAUUAUCAUCCUAGAAAAAUGAAAUCAAAAUAAUACAUAUAAAUUUCUGAGACCAACAAUCUGUCUUCCUUCCUUCAUUUCUGCAACCUGAGAUGGACUUUUUUCGCCAACUAUUAUUAACCCUGAUCUUUACUGUUGUCCUUUUAUUCUCUAUCUAUUUUUAUCACUCAAAGCGAAAUAGUAGAUGCACUGUGCCUCAAGCUGGUGGAGCUUGGCCUGUAAUUGGCCAUAUGCAUCUCUUUGGUGGCCAUCAGUUGACUCACAAAACACUAGGAGCCAUGGCUGAUAAGCACGGUCCUGUCUUCACCAUAAAACUCGGUUCGCACAGAGUUUUAACGGUAAAUAGUUGGGAGAUGGCAAGGGAAUGUUUCACUUCACAUGAUAGAGUUUUCUCCAGUAGACCAAUCAUUGCUGCUUCAAAGCUGCUAGGCUACGACUUUGCCAUGUUUGGGUUUGCCCCUUAUGGGGACUACUGGCGCGAGAUGCGUAAAAUAGCGACAAUCGAGCUUUUCUCAACUCAUAGAAUUGAUAUGCUAAAGCAUAUACGAACUUCAGAAGUGCAGAUUGCAAUAGGGAAACUGUACGAGAAAUGGGUUGGCAAAGGCAGUAAAGAAAGUGGUACGUUGGUGGAUAUGAAACAGUGGUUUGGAGACUUGACACAUAAUGUUGCUUUGAGAACGGUGGGAGGGAAGCGAUGUUUUGGACCGAAUGCUGAUGUGGAGGAAGGAGAAGCGCAGAGACGUCGGAAAGUGAUAAGAGAUUUUGCCUUCUUGUUUGGAGUUUUUGUGUUGUCCGAUGCAAUACCAUAUCUUGGUUGGUUGGAUUUUAAAGGAUAUGAGAAAAGUAUGAAGAAAACUGCUAAGGAAUUGGACAUUCUGAUGGAAGGGUGGCUAGAGGAACAUAAACAAAGGCGAAAGUUAAGUGGUAAGGAGAAGGAAGAAAAGGACUUCAUGGACGUGAUGCUUAACAUCCUGGAAGAUGCAAAAAUCUCAGGUUUUGAUGCAGACACCAUUAACAAGGCUACUUGCCUGAAUUUGAUCUUAGCAGGAAGUGACACGACAAUGGUCACUCUCACAUGGACAUUAUCCUUGCUGUUAAAUAAUUACAAUGUGCUCAAGAAAGCUCAAGAUGAGCUGGAUAUCCAUAUUGGUAGAGACAGACAUGUAGAGGAAACUGAUAUAAAACAUCUGAUCUAUCUUCAAGCCAUUGUUAAGGAAACAUUACGCCUAUACCCACCAAGUCCUAUGCUCCUUCGCGCUGCAAAGGAAGACUGCACCCUUUCAUCGGGAUGCUAUGUUCCUGCUGGCACGCGCUUAAUGGUAAAUGUCUGGAAAAUUCAGCGUGAUGGGCGCAUAUGGUCAAAUCCUGACGAGUUCCAACCUGAGAGAUUCCUGUCUAGCCACAAGGAAAUAGACUUGAGAGGGCAGAAUUUCGAAUUCAUCCCAUUUGGCUCGGGAAGAAGGUCAUGCCCUGGCAUGGCACUAGGCCUUCAAGUAGUGCAUUUCAUCCUGGCCAGUUUCUUGCAUGGUUUUGAAGUUGCGAAGGCAUCAGGUGAAAAUGUGGAUAUGACUGAGAGCACUGGCUUGACAAAUCUGAAAGCAACCUCACUUGAAGUUCACCUUGUUCCACGCCUUAAUUCCACGCUCUACAAGAUGUAAAUAUUGCAAAUGACGUUACUAUACUGGACAUAAUUACAGGAGUAAAAGCAAUAAUUAAGAUAAGGGUUCUUUCUGUUUAUCUCAUUGAAGUGUAUCUAUAAGUUGAAAAUGAUAAGCUUUCCAAUACACAAAGAUACACACUUAUAAAUAAAUGAACUGAAAGGAAGCUUAUAGUUUGA